CCCUGCCCCCCAGCUCUCACGCCUGACCUACAGCCCCUGCUAUCCCAGCCAUGAGCACCCCAGUCACAUCUCUGCUGGCACCCCUCACUUCCGACCCGCAGCCCCCAGCUCUCUCAUCCCUAUCCUGUUUUCCUCCCUCCCACCUCUGCCCCGCUGUGCUACGGCUCCAGGGGCGCAGUCUGGCCCUGUUCAUUUCCCUCCAGGAGCUGCCAUACCAGCACACAGAACCUGGUGCGUGGUGAAUGGGAAAGCACCCACCUAGCCCACAGAACACUCAGCAUGGCCUUCCAGCACAGCAAAGAGUCGCCCGGGCAAAGGUGGAGGAGAACAGACCAGGGCAGGGUUUCUCCUGGGUAGGGUCUGCUCCCCCCACCCCCCGAGGCCCCCAUGGCAAAUGUUGUGCCUUGCCCACCCCCCUGACACCACUGGGAGCUGAGUGCUCAGAGCAGGAAAUCAGAGUGAGCCCAGGACAAGGACGAUGUGAUUGACCCAGGCCAGGAGAUUCAGCUGGAGUUCAAGGUACAAGCUGGACAGGCUGACAAUGUUCAGUCAGGGCCCCAAAGACCCUCAGCUCUUCCCCCCCCCCCCACUCCCCGCAUAGUGCCAUGAGCUGGGAAUGUGAGAGAACUGCAGGUGUCCUUAGAAGUCAGGCCAGUCUGGGGACCCCUGGAAAGUCCAAUCCUAGUGGCGUGGCAGGGGCAGACCAGUGCACCAGGGCAGGGAGCAGAGCUCUGCUGUUCAGGGGAGCCUGGCAAGGGUAGCUCCACAGGCAGCCUGAGGGAUGGGCCAGGGCAGGGCUAUUUGUGGGCUCGACUGCACUUCCACACGGGAGGGUGCUGUACUCACCAACCUGGGGAGCAGUGAUUUAUCCCUGGGCCCUUGAGUCCUGCUGAGAGGGGUCUAACAGCAGCCAGAGGCUGGGCAUGGAAGCUAGACAGACCCAGACUGGAAAUAAGAUGCAAAUUACUAACCUUGGCACAGCCUAGCCGGGCCACAGGGACUUCCCAGCACCAGGGAUUUUCAAUCCAGCCUGGCUGAUUUCCAAAGAUCUGCUCUAGUCUCAGCUGGAAUUGUCUGGGGAAAGGUCUCUGGCCUGUGUUGGGGGAGGGGGCAGGCUAGAGGAUCUCUGCAGCCCCCCUCCACUGGAGCCAUGCUGUUAGCUCUGUCCUAAGACCAGGAGACUGGUGCUGUCCUUGGAGAAGAUGGGCCAGACAAAGCUGUGGUUCCUUGCUGUGCUGCUGGGUCUCUGCACCUGGCUGGAGCCUGGCAAAGGCUCUCAUGUACCCCCAGAUGCAAUGUCUGGACUGGGAAGGCUGCAGGGGAUCGCACAGCCACCCCCACAUGGCUCCCUCCCGUUUCACAUGAACUCCGUGAUCCAAGUCGCAGAAGUGCUGGAAUCUCACCACCUGGACGGACACCUCAACCUGACCGUGACGGAGCUCGCCCGAGGCCUGGGCUGCUGUGACAGCGAGUUCUACCAGCUCCUGCUGGGGGAGGCACCCGCCGUGCCCCCGGACCUGCCCUUCCUGAGCCAGGAGCAGAGAUCCUUCCUCAUGCGCCUCGUGAAGCACAAAGUCCAGGCCUCCUCGACUGAGCAGGGGGUGGUGUUGCUCCCUGAUGGCACCACAGUGGCUGUAAGCCCCUUGGUUGCUGGGAUUGAAGCAGGGCUGAAGGGGAGGCGGGAGAUGCCACUGCCCCCUGAGGCUUUAGAGCUUUUGCUAGUUACAACUGAGCCCUUGAACCAGACACAUCCGGAGCUGCCCCUGACUAUAGAUGCCCUCUAUGCAGUGACCAUUGCCAAGGCCCUGGGCGUGGCCUUUCUCCUGGCCCAGGCCAACGAGAGCCAGGUGCCCAUGGGGCCGAAUGGCUGCUGGGACAGCGUGUCCAAGCCCCAGAACUUCACCCUCCUGGGCCGCCCGUCACACCUCACUGAUGCCUUCGUCAAUGGGGCGCUGGACGGGGUGAUCUUGGGGGCACACCUGGCAGGGCAAGGUGUGCCCGCAGCCCCGCUGAGCACCCUGCUGAGAGAGUACUACGCUGGGGACGGCCUGGCCGGAGAUAGCCAGGCCAGAAGCAACUUCAGGCGCCAGAACUUUGUGCAGCUCACCGAGGCCAGGCAGCUGGAGGAGCAGGUGGUGCAUUCCCUCCAGCUGCUCCGAGCGCUGCCUCGGAUGGCGCCGCUGCUUAGCGGGGUUGGGGACGAGGAGCUGCUGGCUGCUGCGAGCCGGGCGGUGCAGGAGUUCACGGAGGCCUACCUGGAAUGCCCAGCCAUCAUCCCCCGCUGCAUGUGGGGGGCCAGGCCCUACAAGGGGACUCCCACGCAGCUCAAGCUGCCCCUGAGCUUCGUGUACAUCCACCACACCAGCUCACCCAGCCAGCCCUGCCGGACCUUCCCCGAGUGCGCUGCUGACAUGAGGGCCAUGCAGCGCUUCCACCAGGACGACCGUGGUUGGGACGACAUAGGCUACAGCUUCGUGGUCGGAUCAGAUGGGUACAUGUACCAGGGCCGGGGUUGGCACUGGGUUGGCGCUCACACCCGUGGCUACAACAGUAAAGGCUACGGCGUGAGUUUCAUUGGGAACUACAUGGAUACACUGCCGGAAGCAUUUGCCCUCACACUGGUGCGUGACAAUUUCCUGCCGUGUGCGGUGAAGGGCGCCAAGAUCCGGGCCAACUACACAGUGCAUGGGCACCGGCAGAUGGUGCACACUGCGUGCCCGGGGAACCUACUCUACCGGGAGAUCCAAACAUGGCAGGGCUUCAAGUGAGAACUCCCGGCCAUGGGUCAUGAUCCAGGUAAUGACCCAGUUCAGGACACAUCCCACCGGGACCCAGGACCAUGCCUUCAGACUGCCCAGGGAGCAGGCUGCAGUGGCCUGUUCCCAGGAGGGUGGCUCAACGGAGGCCAGGGGGGCUUCGCUAGCCCCAGUAGUUACAAUGUGCUGCUCUGCUCCUGUACUGAAAAUCCCCCUCCAAUAA